AUGGAACCAAUAUUCGAAAUAAAUCAAAGUGUGUAAUUUCAAGUUAAUAAAAACUCAUCAAUUUGGGAAAAUGGAGUUGUAAAUACAUUAAAUCUAUUUAUUAGAUCACUACCAUAUUUACUAAUAGAACGCCUAUAUAAUAUGUUGUUCAAACUUAGAAUAAUUAAAAGUAAUUACAUUCAUUAAUUAAAAGAAUCUAACUAAAUACACAAUAAAUCAAAGCAAACAAUCCAACCAUUAAAACACAUCAUGUCUCAUAUAAUAUUGAAUUUUAACGAAUACUAUCAUAAUUAAUUAUGUAAAAGAAUGAAGAUUAACUAAUUGAACAAGUAAAUAUAUUCAACAUUAUUUUAGUUGUAAUCUCUUCUUAAACGUAUCACACUUUCAUAACUUAUCAAAGAAUAGAAUGGUCCUAAAAUUAUAUAUACUACCUAUUAAUUUCUACUCAUGAGAAAACCAUCUAUUCUUAGAAAUUAUCCUUUUGCUCCAACUAAUCUUGUACUUAAAAGAAUUAAAAAAUUAAUCUAUUCAAUCAAAAAAUAAAUACUUUCAAAUGUAUAUAUUUUUAUUUACUAUUAUUAGACCAACUUAAUUUUAUUAUAAACACAUUCAAACUAAAAUUCUAGUUCAUUUUAACAAAUUAAAUUACAAAAAUCAAUAUCAAAACAAUCACGCAAAAUGACUCAAAUUUAUGAUGAUUCUGAAAAAGAAGAAUAACCUACUGCUUUCUAUGCCAAUUUAUGUAUCUAUUAAUCAUUAUUAAAUCAGUACCUAACAAAUCAGCAUUUAAACCAUAUAAAUCAGAUAAUAUUAAUCCAAAAUUUGAAUAAUUAUCUAUUCAAUCUAAACCCUCACCUAAAAUAGAUUCAAUUAAAACUAUCCAUUUCAAACCCAUCAUUAUAUAAGGAUUACUGUGUUGA